AGUAAUUUAUCUAAACCACCAGAGUUAUCUCUAAUCACUAUGUUAAUCAGCUCCUACAGUACCAUGUAUUUUCACACUUUGAAGAUCAGAAAUUCCUCCUUCAACGCCACCAUUGUUUCAGAUGUUUCGCUCCCAAAGCUUGAAACCCCUUUUUCUCUAUUCCAAGGGACUCACAACCCCUUUUCCCUCAACACUCUCUCUGAAACUCUUCUCCCUCACUUCGCAACAACACUCAUUCACCGUUUCCUACCUCAUAGACACCCUUGGCUUCUCACCACAAACCGCUCUCAAGGCUUCCCAGAGAGUUAGCUUCGAUACCCCUCAAAAGCCCGACUCAGUCAUCGCUUUCUUCAACAAAAAUGGAUUCACCCAAGCCCACAUCAACAACAUUGUCAAAAGGUUACCCAACAUACUCGCAUGCAACGCCGACAAGAGGCUUUCGCCAAAGUUCCAAUUUUUACUCUCAAAAGGUGCUUCAGCUUCCGAUAUCGUUCGCCUCGUUAAUAGGUGCCCCAGAAUCCUGGGAUCCAGCCUCAAGAACAACGUGAUCCCCUCCUUCGAAUUGGUGAAAAGGUUCCUCCAAUCUGACCAGAAAACCAUUGAUUGUGUUUUCGGUAAUAGACCUUUCCUUCAAUAUAGCGUUGGAGCGCAGAAUGUGGACAUGUUGCUUGAUGUUGGAGUCAAGGACUCCGGCAUCGGCUAUUUGUUCGGAAGGAGGCCCUCGAUACUCUUGUCUACUAACUUGAGUGAGGCAAUUGAUGAAGUUAUGGAAAUGGGGUUCGACACUUCCAAGAUUACUUUCGCCAUUGCCUUGCACGCCAAAAGGGUUGUGUCGAAAUCGCGGUGGGACGCGAAAGUUGAUGCCUUUAAGAUGUGGGGUUGGUCUGAGGAAAUGGUUAUUGAUUCUUUCAGGAAGCAUCCCCUCUUAAUGUUGACAUCCAAAGAUAAAAUCAAUGAGAUCAUGAGAUUUUGGGUUGUUGAAUUAGGUUGGGACCCUUUGGCACUUGCCAAAAUGCCCAAGAUUUUUGGAUUCAGUUUGGAGAGAAGGAUUGUUCCGAGGUGUUUGGUUGUCCGGUAUUUGCUUGUCAAGGGUUUGAGAGAGAAGAGUGCCAACUUGUCCACCCCGUUUGAUGUUUCUGAAGAGUUGUUUCUUAAAAAUUAUGUUAUGCGUUUUAAGGAGGAAGCUUCUCAACUGUUGAAGCUUUAUCAGGAAAAGAAAGUUUCCAAGAAAACAGGGAGGACGGUGUAGAAUCUGCCAGUUAGCAAGUGAGUUACUUAAGAGAACAAAUUUAACCAUGUUGUAUGUUUUCAUCUCAUCCAAGUACUUUUGUUAUUCUUGUCGAAGUAGCAACAGAUUUAACUGAGUUGUUCCAUUUUGCCGGGUCGAAACUGUUGUUUUUUUUAUCAUAUAUGACGUAUAUUCUUCAAUUCACAAUACAGUAGUGAUGUAGUCAAUUGCUAUGCUUUAUAAAUGACUGAAAAAACAAGGACAGAUUCUUUA